AUGGAAAAUGAGACCAAAAGAGGUAAGCAAAAGAUUGAACUGAAGUUGAUUGAGUGUGAAAAAACAUGCGCUGUUAGCUUCUCGAAAAGAAAAAGUACCUUGUUCCAGCAAGAAGAUAAGCUUGCAACUAGGUCCGGAGCGGAUGUUGGUGUCAUGCUUUUCACACCAAGUGGAAAACCAUGUUCCUAUGGUUCCACAAGUAUAGAAGAAAUAAUUGAUAAAUUUUUCAAAGUGAAACUAGAGGACCAUCAACGUGAUUAUGCUCAGGGAAAAUCAAAUAGCUUUGAGGCAUGGGAAAAUCUCCAUAAAGAAUUACAAGCAUGGAAAGAGAAAGAGAAAAAACGAAUACUAAUGUACAAGAUUAUGCAUCCUGGCUCAGAAAUACCCCCAGAUAAACAUAUGGAGGAGCAUAAGCUGGCAUUGAUGUUGCGGUUAGACAAAAUUAAAAAAGAAACACAAAGUGAUAUUCAGGUUGAGCAUUUCAAGUUUGAUUUAAAUGCUGCCCCUGAGCCAGAAGAGAAUGAGAGUUCUUGA